GACAGCUCCGCGCUCUGGUUGGCCUGACCCUGCGCAAAGUCACGUCCCCCUUCAUAGCCCCGCCCCCUCCAUCUCUGUCUCUCUCCGUCUUGCUCUCUGUCUGACCAUUCAUAAAGUAUAACACGCGCACGCGGGGCGGACAGAGACGCGCGCGCGACACGCACACCUACACAUACACACGCAGACGCACGCGGGAUACGGGGACACGCAGGUGCGUAAUUGUGCGGUUGCACGGGAAGAGGGACAAGUGCGGAGGAGUACAUACAAACGCACGCGCGCGCGCACGCAGAUACGCACGCUCAGCUGGAACAUCAAAGGGGCAGAGAUGCUCGAAUAACGGGACAAGACAGCAGGGACAGAGAGCCUGGGACAUCCCCAUACACACACACACACACCAUACACAUCCCUCUCUCCUUCUCUCUCUCUAUCUAUCACAUAGUCUCUCUCCCUCUCUCUCCCUCCCUUUCUUUUUCUCUCUCUGCUGUGUUAUUCCUCCUCUUCCUGCUCCAGGCUGACGUCCAUCCGCUCUGCACUUCUCCCAAACUUUCUCCCUCUCUCUUUCACCCCCUCUCUCUCCCCACUCUCCCUGGUGUGUGUACGUGUGUGUGUGUGUGCGCCCGCGGGCCGGAGUGUGUGUGAACGUUGGAUCCCUCGGCGUACUGCGACCCUCCGGUGUUCAGCCCGGACGUCUGCCCCAACAUGAUCGCCACGCAGGCCAAGCUGGUCUACCAGCUCAACAAAUACUACACCGAGCGCUGCCAGGCCCGCAAAGCCGCCAUCGCCAAGACCAUCCGAGAGGUGUGCAAGGUGGUCUCCGACGUGCUGAAGGAAGUGGAGGUGCAGGAGCCUCGGUUCAUCAGCUCCCUGAGCGAGAUCGAGGCGCGAUAUGAGGGAAUGGAGGUCGUGUCCCCCACCGAAUUUGAAGUGGUGCUGUACCUGAACCAGAUGGGCGUCUUUAACUUCGUGGACGACGGCUCGUUGCCGGGAUGUGCCGUGCUGAAGCUAAGCGACGGUCGGAAGCGUAGCAUGUCGCUGUGGGUAGAGUUCAUCACCGCGUCGGGGUACCUGUCCGCCCGCAAGAUCCGCUCGCGCUUCCAGACGCUAGUGGCUCAGGCUGUGGACAAGUGCAGCUACAGGGAUGUGGUCAAGAUGGUGGCGGACACGAGCGAGGUCAGGCUGAGGAUCCGCGAGCGCUACGUUGUACAGAUCACGCCAGCCUUCAAGUGCACGGGGAUCUGGCCUCGCAGCGCCGCCCAGUGGCCUAUGCCGCACAUCCCGUGGCCAGGCCCUAACCGGGUGGCGGAGGUCAAGGCCGAGGGUUUCAACCUGCUGUCCAAGGAGUGCUACUCACUCACAGGCAAGCAGAGUUCAGCGGAGAGUGACGCCUGGGUGCUGCAGUUUGCGGAGGCGGAGAACAGGCUGCUGCUGUCGGGAUGCAGGAAGAAGUGCCUGAGCAUCCUGAAGACGCUGCGGGACAGACACCUGGAGCUGCCCGGCCAGCCUCUGAACAACUACCACAUGAAGACGCUGCUGCUGUAUGAGUGCGAGAAGCACCCACGCGAGUCCGACUGGGAUGAGUCCUGCCUCGGCGACCGCCUCAACGGCAUCCUGCUGCAGCUCAUCUCCUGCCUGCAGUGCCGCCGCUGCCCACACUACUUCCUGCCCAACCUGGACCUGUUUCAGGGCAAGCCGCACUCAGCACUCGAGGCCGCCGCCAAGCAGACGUGGAGGCUAGCCAGGGAGAUCCUGACCAACGCAAAGAGCCUGGACAAGCUGUGAGAGGGACCAAUUUGACUGCAUAACCAUUAGAACUGUACAACACACACACAUUCAUAUGCAACAUUCAGACACUGGCAAGGGAGUUGGCCAACCAACACCAAGAAUGCUAAGAAUGCUAAGAAGACCAAUGCAAAAAAAAGCUUGAAAAAGCUUGAAAAAGCUUGAAAAGGCUUAAAAAGACCAGGGUGGAUAACGUAACACACCACAUACCCCACACACACAACAUACCGUACACUCUCACACUCUCUAAUGCGUUCAGACUCUGAACAGAGUCUUACAGGCAACGUCCAGCUAUUUACAUGCCAUGGAGGGUAAAAAAGAGCCAAGAUGACCAAUGCUGAAAAGUCUGGACAAGCUAAAAAGCUGUGAGAAGAAUGGACAUUUAUAACAACUACACACACACGCACCUACUAGGGAUCGAACACACACACACACACACAUGCAUACACUUCUGGACGCUGGAGAUCGCUGGUCAACAAAUGCUAAGGACUUGAACGAGCCAUUUCAUCAGUUUGUGAUGAAACACACACACACUCACUCUCAGUGUCUCGGAGAGAGUGAGCCGAGGCAGACUGAGAGAGAACUGAGACUCUGAGGAACUGAGGAACUGGCCCUAAAACUGGACACUGAGGGCAGAGAGCAGAGCUGAAGGUACAGACUCUCUAAACUAACGACAUUGUCCUGUUCGGCUUUUACAGUUUUCACAAAGUGAAAAAAAAAACUCUUCUUUCUCCUUUUGUUCUUCUUAUUUAAGUAAAGUGAUGCACAGUAUCUUUAUUAAUGAGCAAAUUUUAAAAACUCUUAAAUGUAGCGUGCCAACUUUUCAUUAUCAUGUGACCUAAAAGUGAAAUGUUAAUAAAAUAUGAACAAAAAGUUA